AUUGACCCAUUUAUACUAAUGGGCCUUUAUAUUUUGGAAACGAAAGGUCUCGUGUCAUUUCGAUACAGAGCUCUCGAACAGUUGGUCGAUACUCUCGAAAGCGAAGAACUCUGUGUGUUUCUUGCCUGAUCGCUCCGUUGUAGCUUCUGAUCUUGUCUUUCCGGGAAAGCCAAGUUACAGUCUCUCUGGAAAGAAAAAUGUUCAUCAAAGUCAAACUGCCAUGGAAUGUCAUGAUACCAGCUGAAGCUAUGGACCCCAACGGCCUCAUGAUCCAGAGAGCUGUUCUCAUUCGCUUACUCGAUGCCUUUGCUUCCAAGAAAGCGACCAAAGAUCUCGGCUACUUCAUAGCACUCAAAAACUUGGAGGAAAUAGGCGAGGGAAGAAUCAGGGAAACCACUGGCGAGAUUGUCUUCCCGGUGGUUUUCAGCGGAAUCACCUUCAAGAUGUUCAAAGGCGAGAUCGUUCAUGGUGUGGUUCGCCAGGUGCACAAGUCCGGUGUCUUCUUGAGAUGUGGCCCUUGUGAAAACGUUUACUUAUCACAGUAUAAGAUGCCUGGUUACGACUACGUUGUGGAAGGAAACCCGUUGUUCAUGAACCAGAACAUGUCCCGGAUUCAGAUCGGUUCCAGGGUUCGUUUCAUUGUGCUUGAUAUCCAGUGGAAAGAGGCAGAGAAGGAGUUCAUCGCUUUAGCCAGCCUCGAAGGAAACAAUCUUGGCCCGUUCUAAAAUAAUUUGUAAUCUGAAUAUAUAUAAAUAGAAAUAAAUAAAUGAAACCUUUACAAUGUU